GAGAACAAGUCCCCAACAAAGACCAAGGUUGAGAAGGACCCAAACAAGCCCAAGAGGCCUCCGACCACGUUCUUCGUCUUCAUGGAGGAGUUCAGGAAGGACUACAAGGAGAAGCACCCCAAUGUGAAGCAAGUCUCAGUGAUUGGCAAGGCUGGUGGUGACAUGUGGAAGUCCUUGUCUGAUGCCGAGAAGGCUCCCUACGUAUCUAAGGCCGAGAAGCUUAAGGUUGAGUACACAAAGAAGAUGGACGCCUAUAACAACAAGCAGUCUGGAGGACCCACAGAGUCUGGUGAUUCUGACAAGUCCAAGUCCGAGGUCAACGACGGGGACGAGGAGGGUGAUGAGUGAUGGAUGACGGGUGAAACUCUGGGCUGCCCAAGUGCUUGCAGUCAGCAGGGAAAUCUCAUCGUCGUUGGGCCUAACCGGGCUUUGCUGCUCCGUAGCGUCUGGAAGCUGUCUGU